AUGGUAGCCAUCUUGAAACCGAUUCCUUCGCAUAAAAUUCAAGGUGUAUAGAAUUCUUUAUAUUCCGUAGUUUAAGGGAACUUAAAAUUGCUUUCAUUCGUUUUUCUUCUUUGAAGAUAUAACCUUGGGUCGUUUUUAUACCGGGUAGUGUGUUUCAUAUUCUCAUUACUAGCAUUGAUCAGCUUCUUAUAUGGUAUUUUGACAAUUGUUCAUUUGCUUUUUCAACCAAUAUUAUACAAUUGCCUGAUCUGUUAAGGAAAUUGGUAAUAUACAUUAACAAUCCCAACAAACAAUUGUUUUUCUUGUUCGACCUUUCUUAGAUUUCGUGUCCUUCGAGAAAACACCCUUUUCAAGCCUUAUUGUCGCUAUUAUUAUUGAAUCUUUUUCUGUAUUGUUGAUUUGUACUGGCGUCACCUAAGGUUCCUUCUUUUCGUGUCUUUGCUCAAAAUGUCUAGCGAGCUUUAUCCAGAGCACUCUCAUCUGUUAAGAAGAAAUGAUGAUGAUUCAGAUAAUGUUGACAUAGAAAACCCAUAUAAGGAUCCUGUUCCGCAAAGAUCAACAUGGUAUUUAAUCGCAUUAACGGUGUCCCUUUUAGGUGUUCAGUUGACCUGGUCUGUUGAGCUUGGUUAUGGAUCUCCAUAUCUAUUUUCUCUUGGUCUUCGAAAAGAAUAUACGUCCAUCAUUUGGAUCGCUGGUCCAUUGACAGGGAUUAUUAUUCAACCAAUUUCUGGUAUACUUUCGGAUCGCUUUCAGUCGAGACUCGGACGAAGAAGACCUUUUAUGCUAAGUGCUAGUCUACUAGGCACGUUUAGCUUAUUUUUAAUGGGUUGGGCCCCAUAUUUGAGUAAUUUAUUCUUUGAAGGCACGGUUGCAAAGCGUGUAACCAUCGGUUUGGCAACAUUGAGUAUUUACCUUUUAGAUAUCGCUGUGAAUGUUGUCAUGGCUAGCACUCGAUCCCUAAUUGUUGAUUCUGUCAAUUCGGAACAGCAGCAUGAUGCAAAUUCUUGGGCCGGAAGAAUGAUCGGUAUCGGUAAUGUUUUCGGAUAUUUACUAGGAUUCCUUCCUUUGUACCAAAUUUUUGCUUUUCUCCAUAUUACUCAACUCCAAGCCUUCUGUACAAUGGCCUCAAUUUUUCUUUUAAUGACUGUUGGUAUUACAUCCUUGGUCGUUACUGAGAGAUCAUUUCCUACUUCUGAGAAGGACCAGUCAAUUGCAUCCGAAAUUUUUGAAUUUUUUGGAACCAUGAGACAAAACAUUUCAAGCCUUCCUGAAUCUCUUCGAAAAAUCUGUUAUGUACAAUUUUUUGCUUAUUUUGGAUGGUUUCCAUUCUUAUUUUACAUAACAACUUACGUUGGAACUUUGUUUUUAAGGCAUGCACCCAAAGGCCAUGAAGAAGACUGGGACAUGGCAACUCGUCAAGGAUCGUUUGCCUUACUUUUGUUUGCAAUUGUUUCUUUGGCUUCAAAUACCGCUUUGCCUCUUCUUCUUGAAAGCGGUAAUGACGAUGAGGACGAUGAUGAUGACCAGUAUCCAAUAGAAGAGAGCUCUAGAGCCUACAUGAGAUACUCCCUGCCUGAACAUUAUAUACCGAGAGUUUCAGAAGAACCUAGUGAAAGGUCAUCCUUAAGGUCUGGGCCUACAGAGGUUCCCUCGUCUGCUCCUCCCUCUCAAUUGCAAAGAAUGAUGCCUUCUAACCGUUCUAUUAUUAGUACUUUUUCUACAAAAGUGCAGAUUAAGGGGCUUACAUUACCAAUAUUAUGGCUUGUUUCUCAUUUGUUGUUUGGUACCUGUAUGCUCAGUACUUUUUUCUUGGGCACUUCGUGGGAAGCACAAGUGAUGGUCGCAAUUUGCGGUUUGUCAUGGGCUUGCAGUCUUUGGAUUCCAUAUUCACUUUUCUCUUCGGAAGUUGCAAAGCUGGGUUUGCGUGAAAGCAGUGGAAAAAUGAUUGGCGUUCACAACGUCUUUAUUUCAGCCCCUCAAGUCUUGAGUACGAUUAUUGCUACAAUCGUUUUCCUUCAGUCAGAGGGAAGUCAUCGUGACAAAGACGACAACAGUGUCGCUUGGGUAUUAAGAAUUGGAGGAUUGGCAGCAUUCGUAGCUGCUUUUCUCUGCAGCAAACUUUUGUCCAUCGACUUUUAAGUACGAUGAGAAGACAAAAAUGAACCUGAGUAUUAAAGGUUUCCUGAAAAUACAUUGUUCUUAGUCUCCGGUUGUGUUAACUGUUUCAAAAUGAAAAACAAGACUAAACUUGUAUUAUUAUCUCUAAUAGCACUAGAGCAUGAUGCUAUUAUGUUUAUUUAACGGAUCAUGAUUUACAACAAAAUCUAUCCUAUUCUUAAUAAUUUAUUCGACCUAUAUGUAACACGUUAACACCAAGAUACAUAUAAGCAUAUCAUUUUAUGAUGUAUUAUUAUGAUACUGUUACGUUGGAAGAGAAAGAAAUGAAGAAAUUUAAGAAUGCAAGCCGCAUGAUAGGAAAACAAAUUACCAAGAAGAAACAAAAGAAUUCCUGCAUUUGCGAGGUCAAUAGAGCGAACGUCUUUGAGAAAGAUGAAGUAUAUAUAUUAAUGAUCCCAUCUAUAUAACAUAAAGAAUAUCAGACUAAUAAUCCCAAAGAACUUUGUUGAAAAAGC